AUGAGAUCUUUAACAGCAGAGCUUGAUCUGCUCGCAGCCUCGAGACCCCAGGGUAUCUUUGCCAAAAUACCCGUAUCGUCGAACGGCGAGACCGUGUGGCAUGACAUAACGUGGUUGCAACUUACAAAAUAUGUCGGCACUAUGUCACGUUGGAUUGAGGGACAUCUAGGCCCCGCGGUGGAAGAUGAACCAGUUGCAUAUAUGGCCAUCAACGACAUCAGAUACCCGAUAUUCAUAUUAGCAGCAAUGAAAACUGGGUAUAACGCUCUAUUGACGUCCCCACGGAACUCCAAAGAAGGUCAAUUGUCUUUACUCCACUCAACCAAAUGCCAGAAGUUUGUAUAUAGCCAGGAAUUUGAUAAGCAGGUUCAUGGUUUGUCUGCGAAAUCCACGUCCCUGAAGACAUUCCAAAUACCAGACCUUGAAUAUAUGCUGCAGCCAGACUCCGAACAUACUCUAUAUAGGGAUCGCUUCCUGCACGGAGAGGAUAAAACAGCAUUAAUCCUUCAUUCAAGUGGGACAACUGGUUUACCUAAGCCAGUGUACAUUAAAGCCGGUGCCUUGGCAGUGAUUGCAAGUAUCAAAGAAAUGCCAGUACCGGGAUGCCGACGUUAUAUGCACGAUGAACUUUUUGCCCCCAAACUAAUGGUUUCGAUGAUGCCCUUCUUCCAUAUAAUGGGGAUUAUCUCGCUCGCUCGUGCGAUUUAUCAUCAGGGACCCCUAGCACUUCUUCCAGCAGGGCGACCUGUGACUGCGGAGCUCAUGAUGUUGACGAUAAGCGAAACAAAGCCCUCCUCCGCAACCUUUGCACCCUCUGUGCUCGAAGACAUCGUUAAUAGCCCCAAUGGCCUGGAGAUUUUGUCGACACUUGAAUACACGUUCUAUGGCGGUGCCCCUUUAUCUCGCCAAUGCGGUGAUGUAGUUUCUAAAGUGACAAAACUACAGGCUGGUAUCGGCAGCACUGAGAUGCUUCACGUUCCAUGUUAUAUACCACUACUCGAGGAAGACUGGGAGUAUUUCGAAUGGAGUAACGAAUGCGGGAUUACCAUGGAAGCGGCAAUGGAUGGUCUUUUUGAGUUAGUCGUGAAGCAAACAUUCAACAGGGAAAAUCAAAUGGUUUUCUACAAUUUCCCCAGGCUAUCAGAAUGGAGAACAAAGGACCUCUUUGAAAAACAUCCUACUGAACCUAGGAUGUGGAGGUACGCAGGGCGAGCUGAUGGCAUGGUGACAUUGAGCAAUGGGGAGAAAUUGAAUCCUCUACCAUUUGAAAAAUCCAUGGAAGGCCAUCCCUGGGUUAAAAGUGCCCUUGUUAUUGGCUCUAAAAGAUUUCAGGCCGGCCUUAUUAUUGAACCACAACCUAAGCAGCAGUCGGUGGACUCAAGGGAAUUCAUCGACUAUGUCUGGCCGUGGAUAGAAAGUGCCAACGCACAGUGUCCAACUCACGCAAAAGUUUGGAAAUCGAUGGUAAUACUGGCAACACCCGAAAAACCCUUCAUGUUCACAUCAAAGGGCUCAAUCAUGCGUCAGGCCACGUACCAGCUCUAUGAAGCUGAAAUCGACGAACUCUAUGCGAAAGACAAGUCUUCUGAUGAUAUCAGUGUCGCCGAAUUUCAUGGUCAAGCUGACAGUACAACGGUCAAAUCACUUCUUCAGGAGACUUUCCGGGCCACGCUGCGUCCAAUUCAGGGGGAGCUCCAUGAUGACACGGAUAUCUUUCACCUUGGGGCAAACUCCCUACAAGUUCUCCAGCUUAGCAAUGAGCUGAGUCGUAUAUUCCACCAAAAGUCCAAUGGCAGAAACAUAUGCUCACCUCGAGUUAUUUAUGGGAAUCCGAGCAUCGAUCGGCUUUGCGAGGCAAUCAUGCAGGCCCUAAAUAAUGGUACCGACUAUCUCACUAAGGGUAUCGCAGAAAGUGCACUCUCUCGGGAAGAGAAGAUGUCCGCUAUGAUACACAGGCACACGGAAUCGUUACGCAAAGUUACUUCGAGUCCUACUGGGACACUCAAGAAGCACGUCGCCAUUUUAACGGGCUCCACGGGCUCUCUCGGCACUUACUUACUUCACUAUCUCCUUUCCAAUCCAGAUUUCGAGCAUAUUUACUGCCUAAACCGCUCUUCAGACGCGGCAUCAAGUCAAAAACAAAGCUUCCACGAUCGUGGAAUGAGUUCAGUCAGCUUUGCUUCUAAGGUCGAGUUCAUCACCGCCGACUUCAGCCGCGACUGCUUCGGUUUGUCGUCAACAAAAUACCUAGAGCUGCAGCAGGCAGUUGACGUAUUCAUCCAUAAUGCCUGGCCCGUCAACUUCAACAACAGCCUUGAAUACUUUGAAGGCAGUGCUAUUGCUGGAGUGAGACACUGUGUAGAUUUCGCCAUCUCAGCACGGUACAACCCCCACAUCAUAUUUGUGUCAUCAAUCGCAAGUAUAGGCAAUUGGUCGACUGUCCGCGCUUCUAAAGAUAGGGGUUAUGAUUGUCCGAAAGUCCCGGAGUCGUUUGAAGAAGACAACAGUUUGCCCCUGAAGCAGGGCUACGGCGAGUCAAAACAUGUGGCAAGCUGUAUAUUGAGAAAAGCAGCAAGAGUUUCUGGCGCUCGCUCGGCAAUUGUACGUGUUGGACAGCUGAGUGGGCCUCUGGAAAUAGGAGGAGUGUGGAACAAAUCAGAAUGGGUGCCGUCCCUUAUCGCAACGUCGAAAGCUUUGGGUAAAAUUCCACAGUCACUAGGAGCGGAGAACACAAUAGACUGGGUUCCAAUAGACAUAGCCGCACAAGCAAUCCUUGACAUCACCCUCUCACUGCUCAGUUCGGACGACAGCAGUAAACUCCCCGAUUGUUUCAAUCUCGUCAACCCUCAAGUCACAGAGUGGAAGGACAUGGUCCAAGUAAUCCGAGGGUAUUAUCAAAAACAGAGUGAUAACGCCAUGGACCUCGAACCUGUCAACUUCCACGACUGGCUGCAAGCACUGAGAAACAUCGGAGCAACGACGCGCGAACAAAUUGACCAAUACCCAUCUGUGAAACUACUCGAGUUCUUCGAGGAAAUGCAGAGCGGUAAUAUAAAAGUGCGGUUCGAAACAGCACGCACGAUGAAGUCUAGUCGAGCAGUGGCGGGUUUGCACGCCGUGGAUGGAGCAUCGAUGGAACGCUGGCUUGACGGAUGGCAGUUUUAA